AUGCCGCGCGUCAACAGGUCCCCGCGAGCCUUUGCUGCAGCAGCAGCAGCAGCAGCAGCAGCAGCAGCAGCGGGGCUGCUGCUGCUGCUGCUGCUGAGUGCCGGGACUGCUGCUGCUGCAGCUCCGCAGCAAAGCCAGGACGAGGGGGGCCCCCAGGGGGCCCCCGGUGAGGAGCUUGUGGAGCGCCUGAGCCCUGGCAGCCUCGACGGUGAGGCCAGGAAAAAAAGAACUGCAGCGCAGCAAAAAGUUCGACGACACUGUGCCCCUCGCCCUUUGCAGCAGCUGCUACUGCAGUUCGCUGCUGCUGCUGUUCGCGCUGCUGCAGCUGCUGCUGCUGUUCGCGCUGCUGCAGCUGCUGCAGCAGCAGCAGCUGCAGCGCAUGCAGCUGUUGGGCUGAAGACAAUUUGGAAUUUCUUUGUUUUUGUCUCAGCUGUAUCUCCACAAGAGAAUUUAAAAAGACUAAAAGAGGCCCUCGGCAAUUCUUGGCUCGAAGAGGCCCUUCGCGAGAGAGGCCAGGAGGGCUGCAGGCGCCUGAAGCGCAGCAGCAGCGGCUGCCCAGCAGCAGCAGCAGCAGCAGCAGCAACAGCAGCAGCAGCAGCGGGGACGGCAGCAGAAAGGCUGGGGAAUUUGUCCACUUUGCGGUGCGACAUGCAGGAGAUAGCAGCAGCAGCAGCAGCAGCAGAAGCCACGGAAGCUGCGCUGCUGCACGCCCGGGGAAACGAGCUGCUGCGCUGCUCCCGGCUGCUGCUGCUGCUGCUGCAGUACAUAGACCUCAUGCUGCUGCAUGCGCCUUUUCAAAAGUUCAAAGAAGGCAAAAGCCCCAAAGAAGCUUUAAAGGAGACUUUUGCUCACUGGGGACUCAGUCCCCCUGCAGCAGCAAAUGUGCAGCACGAAGACUCCCAAGCAGCUUUGCUGCAGCUCCAGUGA